CAAUAAGGAUGCAAAAAAAUCAACUGUGUUGUAGAUCUGCUGGUUGUACAAGUAGCCUACGGCACACACGGGCCAUGAUUUGGGUUAGGUCGAAGCGGUUCACUUCACCUGUUGCGAACGCGCGCCGUGCCCGCGAUGAUUGCAGCCCGCCUGUAGGUGGAGUCAUGAAAACAUCUGGUGAUGUUGCUUCUCCGCCGCGUCCUCACAGUGGCUGAACCUGCGGGAGUCCGUCUCCCACGGUCCCUGUCUCACACCGCCCUAGGCUGAGGAGGCGGCUUGAGAGAGAGAGAGAGACAGGCGUUCUAACAAGAGGUUUUGACAAAACCGUCUGCGCGGCAGCCGAGAUUAGGCUGAACUGAAGUCACCCCGCUACAAUGAAGGAAUUACAGACCGUGUGUCAAUAAUAAACCGGAGCGAUGGGUUUCAGCUAACCAAUGCUGCACGGGGAAGGUGCCUCUCUCGCCGCCGGACCUAACAGUAUUCCAUAAAGGAAGGCACGCGCUGGGACUGAUGAAGUCAUCCCUACAAGCCCCGAGAGCCAACCCUUAGCUACCGUGUAUUCCCCCUGAUGCCUUUAUCAAAAAAGAACCCCGUCGCCAGCGAACGUCUAGAGAAGUAGGUCACCGCUUCGGAAUGUAUCUACGGAGCCCUGGGAAAAGGUGAGGAGUGGAGAGAGCUGCUUGUCAGCGCUGUCUCUUUUUGCAAGAUAAUUUAGGAACGUGGCUCUGAAUGAUGUUUAUUACCGCCGGUGUGGUAUUACGAAAGCAUGUGUCGAGUCUGCAUAAAUGAACAUUAAAUGGCAUUCAGUGCAUACAUUUAUUAGACUGUCUUUGCAGUAGAUACAUGUAGAUACAUGCAAGACAGAAUCGCUGGCAAGAAUGUUUUGAUUUCUGCGGCAGCGUGUGUUUGAAACAGUUUACAGAAACAUUGGAACAAUGUGUUCGUUCUGGAAAUUCAACAAAGUGCGUAACAAAACACCACAAGCAACCACGGAGUGCUGCGGAAGACUGGACUGAGUCAUCAUGUCAAGAUUUGCUUGGUUAGCGAUGCCGUAGGAUGGAGAGGAUGGAUAAGUUUUUGGAAAUAGCGCCUCAUUCACUGGCCAUAGUGCUGUCUCGGGUCGGCACCGAGGACUCCCCCACCGUGACCGAGACGCUGCAACAUCACACGGGCUAUGAGAUAUUCGCGGACUUCAAAGCCGAGAACAUGCAACACUUCUGGAACAAAAAGGUCACGGAUGCCAUAUCAGAGACUUUCUUUCUCGGCUGGAUUGACGAGCACGUGCUGCUCAUUCAGGGCAAAGAGGAUCACUUGGAGGUGCUGAGAGAGGGGUGGAUGCGGAGGUCGCUGAAGCCACCGCGAGGGUUUGAGAUCAAAUGCCUGGGUGAUGUGUCACCCAUCAGCAUGUCUCCGAUCAGCCAGUCCCAGUUCAUCCCGCUGGGGGAGAUCCUCUGCCUGGCCAUCUCAGCCAUGAACUCGGCACGCAAGCCCGUCACCCAGGAGGCCCUGAUGGAGCACUUAGCAACCUGUUUCCCAGGUGUUCCAACGCCGAGUCCGGAGAUCCUCCGGCACACGCUGAGCAUGCUGGUCCGGGAGAGGAAGAUCUACCCGACGCCGGAGGGGUACUUCAUCGUCACGCCCCAAACGUACUUCAUCACGCCCUCCCUCAUCCGGACCAACAGCAAGUGGUACCACCUGGACGAGCGGAUACCGGCCGACCGGCAGCAGCAGCAGUGCACCUCCCCGCAGUCCGGCACCAUCACGCCCUCCGCCUCCGGCUGCGUGCGGGACAGGCCGCACCACAAGAACCACUGCGACUCCUACAACUCCUACCGGGACGACCUGCACAGCGGCCACACCUCCACCCUCCAGAGGAAGUCUCCCAAAGAGCUGAAGGAACCCCCCUACCCGACCCCGCCUCCGGUGACCUCCCUCCACCAGGCCGCCCCCGCUGCCGCCGCCAACACGGAGAAGAGCAAGAGCACCGCUAACUUCUCCUACAAGACGGACACGCUCACCAAGCGCAAGGAAGGGGUGAGCGGCGAGAAGCAGGCCAAGAAGUUCGGCCUGAAGCUGUUCCGGCUGAGCUUCAAGAAGGACAAGGCCAAGCAGCUGGCCAACUUCUCGGCCCAGUUCCCCCCGGAGGAGUGGCCGCUCCGCGACGAGGACACGCCCGCCGCCAUUCCCCGGGAGGUGGAGAUGGAGAUCAUCCGGCGGAUCAACCCGGACCUGACGGUGGAGAACGUGAUGCGGCACACGGCGGUGAUGAAGCGGCUGGAGGAGGAGAAGGCCCAGAGGAGCAAGGCGGGGUCCUCGGCGCAGCACAGCGGCCGCAGCCGGAGGAGCCGGGGCCACCGGAAGCCGCACGGGAAGCCGCGCUCGCACAGCAAGACGCGGGCGUCCCGGGGCGACCCCUCGGAGGGCUCCAACCUGGACGCGGCGGCCGAGCGGGACUACGGCUUCCACAUGGCCGCCACCCUGGCCCGGACGACGCGGGACGGCAUGUUCUCGGUGGAGCGCAGCAGGGGGAGCUACCUGGUCCACAGCAACCCCAACAUCGUGGAGUCCCACUUCCCCGUCACGCCCGAGUGGGACGUCUCGGGGGAGCUGGCUAAGAGGCGGACGGAGAUGCCCUUCCCAGAGCCCUCCCGGGGAACGUCCCACUCCAAGGUUCACCGCAGCCACAGCCACACGCAGGACCGCAAGUCGCGCAACGAGAGGUCGGACAAGGCCAAAGAGAGGUCGCGCUCCAUGGAAAACUCCAAGGGCCCGCUCGGGGGGCCCGCUUCGGCCGGGGGCACGUCCGAGGACUUCGACCACAGCCCCGACGACCGGAGCCGUUACUACACUGAUGACGGGACGCUUAGGGCUGCUAAGGCACCCCACUAUUCGCGAAUCAUGUUCUCCGCUGCUAAAUUCAACUCUGAGGUGUGCGUGCCUGACAUCGGGAAGGGGCCCCUCGAGGACCUCCGGAUCUGCAGUCCGCUCGAAAAGAACAAGAGCCGGGACAGCCUGCCGGCCUACAGCGACUUGAAGUCCUGCUCGCCGAAGGCCACGGCUGAUGACUACUUUCAGUGCAAUACGUCCAACGAAACAAUCCUCACCGCCCCUUCGCCCCUGGGAAAGACUGACCACGACACUUUGACCUCAUCGGACGGCGUCAGGAAGGGGUCUCCGUCCGACCGGAAGACCCCUCUCCUGACGUCCCCACACCCGAUGGAGUACAAAGACGACGCAGCUAAGGGACAGAACGGUGUCAGCCCCCUGGUGGCGAGCCAGACGCCGGAGCCCAUGCCCAACGGACGUUUGAUACACCAACACAACACCGACCCUGGCGGGGGGGGCAGCGCGGACAAGCGGAAGGAAAUAUUUAGCAAAGAUACUUUGUUCAAGCCCCCCCCCAUGGCCGCCAUGGGCUACGUGGAGAGUGGUCACUCCAAGUCGGGGACGCUGCGCAAGUCCCCGCACCCCAAGUCGGCGGAGGCCCCGGACUGCCCGGAGCCGGCCCCCGCGGCGCCCACCGGCGCCUCGGCCACGCCCGGCUCCGAGGCGACCCCGGGGGCCGCCGAGGCCGCCUUCGACUACUACAACGUGUCGGACGACGACGACUCGGAGGAGGCGGCGCGGAAGGCCACGGCGGACGAGGGCAAAGUGCGGGAGGGGGGCGGGACCAUGCAGUGGCUGCUGGAGCGGGAGAAGGAGAGGGACCUGCAGCGCAAGUUUGAGAGCAACCUCACCCUCCUCAGCCCCAAGGAGGGCGAGAACAACAGCAGCCAAAAGUCUGCCCACUCGGCCCGCCUGGACAGCAUGGACAGCAGCAGCGUCACGGUGGAUAGUGGAUUUAACUCUCCACGCACACGUGAGAGCCUGGCCUCCAACACCUCCAGCAUCGUGGAGAGCAAUAGACGGCAGAACCCUGCCCUGAGCCCCGGCCACAUGGGCACCACCAGCAGCGGCCCCCCCUUCAGCUUCCGCAGCAUCGCGGAGCCCCCCACCUCGCAACCAGAGAAACUGCAAAAAUCGCCCAACUGUUUAGCUUCCAUCACGAGCGUCUGACAGCGGCUUCCCCCUCCCCCUUUCCCCCCCUGGACACGCCCACAACCCUACACUACAGCAGGACUGACUCCGCCCCCCCUAACACAGAGACUGUUUCCACGUCGCAAACAAAAAUUUUAAUGGAUAUCCUUUUUUUCCUCAUUGUGAGAUUACUACCCUCAGAUUGAGAAACUUCUUUAAAAAAAAUGAAAAAUAUUUGUCUUAUGUGACUCAAACACUAUUUUUUGUUGUUUUGUUUUUCCUUAUUUCAAAUAUUUUUUAAAUUUGUUUUUUUUUUUAAUUAAGUCUUGUCUUAGAGAAAAAUGGUAAAAAGUGAAAAUGAUCUGUUAUGGCAUUAUAAUUAAUCUGAUUUGAUUAGGAGAACUUUUUCUGUGACGGGCAAAUUUGUGGUUACAAUUUUUGGGUCUGAAAUUUUGGAUGUGAAUACACAGCUUUGGAAAGAAUAUGGAAAAAAUAAUAGAAAAGCUAAAAGUUAGAUCCUUACUUUAAAGACAGUGAGUAAAAUAUAUAUGGUUAUCCAAUGUCUCCCUAUUCCUGAGUAAAUUAAAACAAAGCAUUAUUUUUUGGUACACUUACCAAAAGACAUUUUCUCAUUAUAAGAUUGCUAUUUAAGAAUGUAUUUUAUUCUUCUCUUUAAGAAACGAUUCUUGUGUCCACAAGUUAUUGAGAUUUAUGUAAGAAAGAUUCCUUCAAUGAGAAAUCCCUUAAUAAUGUACGAAAGUAAUUUCCUAAUCUGGAAACUGAUUAUGUGGAAAUGACCAAAUUCUUAUUUUUAUUCUUUAUUUUAGAUUUGUCCGUGUACUGUUUUAACACUCUCAUCUCCGGUUAAGUGUUUUAUUAUGGACCGAAAACCAUCUCAUAUUUCUUUUAUCCAGGUAAUAAAAUAGCAGUUGCUUGUUUGUGACCUGACGUCAAGUUGAAGUUCCACUUACUCUUUUUCGAGUCCUAUCUUGUGUUAAAAUCUCAGGUCAUCACUAGUUGCUCAGUAAAACUGUGUAGCAGUUGGGUCCACGUGUCUGUCGCUGUUUCUGGGUUAGUGGCUCGAGAUGUGUAGUGGAGAGACCGCUGGUCAGGUGACAGGUGUGCUGAUGUUGGGCUGCACGCGCUCAGUAAUUGAAAGUCGGCAAAAUCUGAAGUUAUCCCAGUUGCUGCUGUCCAUGUUUUUUUUCUGCGUUACUUGAUUUAAGUUGGGUCAAAUGAAAUGGGUUCCAAAAAAACUCAUAUACAUUACAUCAUAUACAAACAUUUCGUUUUGUAUGGGUAUAGUAUGAAUUUUUAUUUAUUUAUUUUUUGGGUGGGGGGGAGGGACACACACACACAUCAACUUGCCACAGAGGAUUUGUUUUCAUGUCAGUGGUGUCAUUUAAUUUAGACGGUUCUGAAAUUCUUAAGGCUGUUUGAUGGGCCACUGGGCUGGGCCUGGAAAUGCUGAAAGAUAAACUGAGCCUCACCAUUGAUCUACAUCUGCAUGUCAAACCCAUAUCUGUGGUCUCAUCACCCCCAGCUAGGGGUCUGCAAACCACAUUUGGUGCCCUUUGAAGGAAUCAGUUUUGGGAGCGCUAUUAAGUACCAGGGUGCGCACAGAGGUUUUUGGACAACUACCCUGAAAGUAAUUCUCUAGGUGCCAGUACUGCUGUUCGUUUUUCAUAUAUAUACUACAUGUCCCACGCAUCACCUCUUCAAGCUGUUGUGUCAUUCUUUACAGUGAAACAUACUGAUUUUUUUUUUCUUCAGUUUAGUACCCCAUGCAAUUUUAUAUGGUCGUCAACUGGCUAUUGAAAUGAAGAGCAGCUGUGUUGGUGGAAAUGUGGCAGACUGCACUGCAGUUGCAAGGGGAGAUGCACUGUCUGCUCUCUGGCUAGAAUCUAGAAUAAAGGUGGAGUCGUGUGAUUGUAGCAAAUUGCAAGUGGAAAAAAAAUCAUUUUGGCCCAAUGCACAAGUGUGUGUGUGUGUUUUUUUUAAACCUGAGAUAACACUAUAUUCUGUUUCAUUUUACUGACCAUAGUGGUGAAUACAGCAGAUUGUUUUUUUUUCAGGUGAUGAGCAGAUUUCACAUUUCCUGGUGCUAUCAUUUACAUGGACACCAAGUGGCUUUAGAACACAUAUACAACUAUUGUUACUCCAUUCCUAGAACCAGUUCAAAGCUUUGCAGCUUUUGUAGUCAUCUUUUUUUCUUGCUUAGCAACAUGUAAGUACAUGCAGCCACAAACAUACACACACAUGCACGCACACACACACACCCACACACACAUGCUCACACACAAACACACACACACACGCACACAUACACUCUCGCACACUCACACAACUACCUCCACAGCUUGUCUUGUGUGUUGGCAAAAGACUAAAACUUCAUCAUUACACGUUCUCCUGUGAAGCUCUCUGAAACAGCAGCCUGUCUUCUGUGAAUGUUUGACACAAAGCAGUGGACAGUUUGAAGGGGACAGGACACAUUCUGCAUUUAAAAGACAGGACUUAUCACAUCUUGCACAUACAUUUUUUUUUUUUUGCUGAGAGUAUUUUUUCCAGUUUAUUGCAGCCACUGAUUGUUGAAUCAUUUUUUGAAUUCUAACCAGGGAAUUUAUUUCUCUGGCUCGAUUUGAUGUUCUUCCAUCCCGUAAUUUGAAAAAACUUGACAUUGGGGCUCACAUUUUCCCCCCGCCUCUGGUCCCAUCAUAUUGAAAACUUCUUUGCUCCAUGUCAUAAUAUUCAAAUUACAUCAGUAUGUGUGACCUGGAUUCAUAAAACUUUUUUGACCCCAUCAUUUCCGAUUUUUGUCAAUUUCAGUUAAGAAUGUCUGCAGCUGCUUUCUGUAUUUGCUCAUAAAUAGAGAUGGAAGGCAUGUUUCUGCUCUUUGUGCUCUUUGUGAGGAAAGUGAACCUGUAACAUCUGUUAAAAAUAGAAUUGGAGAAAAAGCUUGGAAAUUUGAAUUGAUAAGCAAGUGUUGACAGUUUUCCCAGUUUAGUUACAACUUCAUGAUUUAUGCUUCAAGGUAAAGUCAUACAUUCACAUCUUUUAAAAAACUGACAGAAUGAUUCCACCUAUCACCUGCAAGUAACUUCCUUUUGACCAUGGGGACAUUUGAACCAAUCUCAUACAUUCAACAAGUUAUCAAAGUAUCAUAUUUUAUGUUAGAUUUUAAAAAAAAAAGAACCUUUCCUGAUCUACAUAACUAUCAUCAGAUUUCAUGAUAAAAUGUUGAGUUCAAACCACCCUGUUGCUCUCAACACUGAGAGGAAUCUUGCUGCCAACAGCUCUCUGUUAGACACUCGCUUUGGGCAAAGUUAAAUUUUGAAAUCGCCUAACAAAUCCAGAAGCCCUGGAAGAGCUACUAUGGGAGAUGUAUAGCAUUGACAAGCUGAGAUGAGCAACCCAUUCCUACAUAAAUCCCACCAGCCUAUGUCUAUACAGGUGUCAAUCAACACACCUUGCUUUGUUUGUUUUUAUUAUUAUUCCUUAUUUUAAAUGGAAAUGCCAUAAGAAAAGGAAUGACUUCCUAUCUAACUAGGAGCACUCUGUCCAAGUCCCUGCUAAAACAGACCUUUUUUUGGUAGGUUUUUUACUGUUUUUUUAUUUUAUUUUAUUUUAUUUUAUUUUUUAUUUUUGGGAAACAGAAUGGAUUCUAAGUUUAUUCAUUUUGUUUUGUAUUUUCAUUGCUUCUGAAAGUUUAAAGGGAGUACUGCAUCCAAGACUGCCUUGUACAUUAGAAACAUGUUUGCACUGAAAUGCCUGCUCUCUGGUUGCUGUAAAGUCCAUCCAGAAGGAUGCCCUGUUUAUAUUGUAAAAUAUUUCAUAAGAAAUAAUGACAGUCCAUGAAACGUCUUCCCUUAACAUAAUGGAUUUAUAAUGGCGUCUAAUAACAUUGUUUUUAAUCGUGACCGUGUAUCAUACUGUAAAGGACGUUGAUCUGUCAUGCUUAGUACAAUAAAGUUAAAGGAAAAAUAAAACAGAUGAGGGAUCUUUUGUAAUGUCUAUAAUAUUUGAAAGUCCCUACUUGUGUAGUAAUGGUGUUUACUGUUGUUGUAGUGUAUGUGAUAUACCUGUUUGGAGGGUUGUGUAACUUACUUUUUAAGACAAUAAAAUAACAUGUUUGGUUA